UCCUUUCUCUGAUCAAACACAUCAGACCCCAUUCCAGAAAUUCCACUGCUAGCAGCACUUAUAGCUGUGGGCUUGGUGGGGUUACAAUCUCUCUCAGCUCUCUGUUGUGUUUUUUUAUUAGUAGUGCAGGAAAAUUUUUGCCUUGGAAAUCACCACCGGCUCGACAAACGAUUUUUCAAGGGGAGUAACACGAGCCCAGAUUCAUCUCUUUUCUCUCUCCGUGACUUGUCAAUAGUUUUGCGCAUUGGAGAGAAUUUCUCUUGCCAGAUGGUGAAAUGCCCUUUACGCGAUUUGAUCUCCCCUCCGUCACAUCAUCAUUGAACUCCAUUAAUAGCCCAGUAAUUGUUGUUCGGCCCCUAGUCAUUGAAUUCGGCGAUUCUCUUGGUAUAAAGAUUGAUAUCUAUACAAGUUUAUUAUGGGUAUCAAUCUUUUCUUGGCUGCUGAAACGACUGCAUCUGAAGCACCACCAAACCAUCUCCAACAGAAUUUUCACCAUGUUCCCAUAUUGGAAUUAGCCUCAAUCUGCAUCAACUUGACGCUGCUUCUAGUGUUUCUCUUUGUUGUAUCCGCGAGGCAGAUUGUGCUUUGUUUCGGUCGAAUUCGACUGCCGAAGGAGAACUCCAACAGGAACUCGGUGGCCAGUAGGCACACAGGGCUUGUUGAGGGCGAGGGAAUCCGUAGCCUUGUGAUUGGUACAAGCUACAAAGCUACGGUCUUUUGUUGCUUUUAUGUUUUGCUGGUGGAAGUACUGGUUUUGGGGUUUGAUGGUGGUCGUCUAAUAAAGAAGGCUGCACAUGGGAAGGGGAAUAAAACACAUUGGACUAUUAUACUGUUGCCUGCAGCUCAGAGUUUAGCUUGGUUUGUGCUGAGCUUUUCAGCUCUUUACCGCAAGUACAAGUUUGCUGAGAAAUUUCCGUUGUUGUUGAGAAUUUGGUGGGUUGCAUCUUUCUUGAUUUGUUUGUCUGUUCUGUAUGUGGAUGCUAGAGGAUUUCUGGCGGAAGGAUCAAGCCAUUUAAGUUCUCAUGUUCUCGCCAAUUUUGCUGUUACUCCUGCACUCGCUUUUCUAUGUUUUAUUGCUAUUAGGGGUGUCACUGAUAUCCAAGUCUAUAGGAACUCUGAUCUUCAAGAGCCAUUGCUUGAAGAGGAAGCGGGGUGUCUUAGAGUUACCCCUUACAGUGAAGCACUUCUUUCAACCGGGGCCAAGAGACCGCUUGAGCUGAAGGAUAUUCCGUUGCUUGCACCAAAAGAUCGUUCAAAGACCAACUAUAAAGCAUUGAACUCAAAUUGGGAGAGGUUGAAGGCUGAGAACCCUCUGAAGCAGCCUUCUCUGGCUUGGGCUAUUUUAAAGACUUUCUGGAAAGAGGCUGCCAGCAAUGCAAUAUUUGCAGGGGUGAACACCUUAGUUUCUUAUGUAGGACCAUACAUGAUUAGUUACUUUGUGGAUUAUCUAGGAGGGAAGGAGACUUUCCCACACGAAGGCUACAUUCUUGCUGGAACUUUCUUCACAGCAAAGUUGGUAGAGACCUUAACAACCCGACAAUGGUAUCUUGGGGUUGAUAUUUUGGGUAUGCAUGUGAGAUCAGCUCUAACGGCAAUGGUUUAUCGGAAGGGACUCAGGCUUUCAAGCUCAGCUAGGCAAAGUCACACCAGCGGUGAGAUUGUUAAUUACAUGGCAGUAGAUGUUCAAAGAGUAGGGGAUUAUUCUUGGUAUCUACAUGACAUAUGGAUGCUUCCUCUCCAAAUUAUCCUUGCUCUUGCAAUUUUGUACAAGAAUGUUGGAAUCGCAUCUGUUGCCACACUAAUUGCCACCAUUAUAUCGAUUGUUGCAACUAUCCCAUUGGCAAGGAUCCAGGAAGAUUACCAAGACAAAUUAAUGACAGCAAAGGAUGAUAGGAUGAGGAAAACUUCAGAGUGCCUCAGAAAUAUGAGGAUUCUCAAGUUGCAAGCUUGGGAGGAUAGAUACAGAUUGAAACUAGAAGAAAUGCGCGGCGUAGAAUUCAAGUAUCUCAGGAAAGCUCUUUACUCGCAGGCUUUCAUCACAUUUAUUUUCUGGAGCUCCCCUAUAUUUGUUUCAGCUGUUACUUUUGGCACUUGUAUCAUGUUGGGUGGCCAUCUAACAGCCGGCAGUGUUCUUUCUGCUUUGGCUACUUUUCGCAUCCUGCAAGAACCACUUAGAAACUUUCCUGACUUGGUCUCAAUGAUGGCUCAGACUAAAGUUUCCCUUGAUCGAAUCACGGGAUUCUUGCACGAGGAAGAGCUGCAGGAAGAUGCAACAAUUGCCUUGCCACGGGGUAUUUCGAAUGUGGCCAUAGAGAUCAAAGAUGGAGAAUUUUCUUGGGAUCCAUCUGCACCAUCCCCUACCCUGUCAAGCAUACAAUUUAGCGUGGAGAAGGGAAUGCGUGUGGCUGUAUGCGGUGUGGUUGGUUCUGGGAAAUCAAGUUUUCUUUCUAGCAUCCUUGGCGAGAUUCCAAAAAUCUCUGGCGAAGUUAGGAUAUGUGGCUCUGCUGCAUACGUCUCGCAAUCUGCUUGGAUACAAUCAGGAAAUAUAGAGGAAAACAUCCUCUUUGGAAGUCCAAUGGACAAGGCAAAAUACAAGAGUGUUAUUCAUGCUUGUUCACUGAAGAAAGAUCUGGAGUUAUUCUCACAUGGUGAUCAAACCAUUAUCGGUGAUAGAGGCAUAAAUCUUAGUGGUGGUCAGAAGCAACGCGUGCAACUUGCCCGAGCGUUAUAUCAUGAUGCUGACAUUUAUUUACUGGAUGAUCCUUUUAGUGCAGUUGAUGCACACACUGGCUCAGAAUUAUUUAAGGAGUACAUAAUGACAGCACUAGCUACAAAAACUGUUGUUUUUGUCACUCAUCAAGUUGAAUUUUUGCCAGCUGCUGACUUGAUUCUGGUUCUGAAGGAAGGUCGUAUUAUUCAAUCUGGAAAAUAUGAUGAGCUUUUGCAAGCAGGAACAGAUUUUAAUGCAUUGGUAUGCGCUCAUCAUGAAGCCAUUGAAGCUAUGGAUUUUUGCAACCAAGCCCCCGAAGAUUCAGAUAAAAAUGAUCCUCCGGAUAGUUCUGUUCCCACUAUAAAAUGUGAUUCAAUUGGUAAAGAUAUUGAUAGCACGGCCAGUGAAGUUCAACAAGGUGCAUCAACCUCAGAACAGAAAGCAAUAAAAGAGAAAAAGAAAGCUAAACGUUCCAGGAGAAAGCAACUCGUCCAGGAAGAGGAACGGGAGCGAGGAAGAGUUGGCUGGAAAGUGUACUGGUCUUAUAUGACUGCUGCUUAUAAGGGCUUGUUGAUUCCAUGUAUUAUCCUUGCACAAACAUUAUUUCAGCUCCUUCAAAUAGCCAGUAGUUGGUGGAUGGCGUGGGCGAAUCCGCAAACCACUGGGGAGAAACCUAGAACAAAUAGUAUGGUACUUCUUGUUGUUUAUAUGGUUCUUGCUUUUGGGAGUUCCUGGUUCAUAUUUGUCAGGGCUGUUCUUGUUGCUACAUUUGGCCUUGCGGCUGCACAAAAAUUAUUUAUGAAAAUGCUUAGAACGGUGUUCCGAGCACCAAUGUCUUUCUUUGACUCUACUCCAGCUGGCCGCAUACUGAAUCGUGUGUCAAUUGAUCAAAGUGUUGUUGAUCUCGAUAUUCCCUUUAGACUUGGUGGCUUUGCUUCAACCACAAUCCAACUUCUUGGCAUUGUCGGUGUGAUGACACAAGUUACCUGGCAAAUCUUGCUUCUUGUUGUUCCGAUGGCUAUUGCUUGCUUGUGGAUGCAGAAAUACUAUAUGGCAUCAUCCAGAGAACUAGUUCGCAUCGUUAGCAUCCAGAAAUCCCCAGUGAUUCAUCUUUUUGCUGAAUCAAUUGCUGGAGCAGCCACAAUCAGAGGUUUUGGGCAAGAAAAGAGAUUCAUGAAGAGAAAUCUUUAUCUUCUUGAUUGCUUUGCUCGCCCAUUCUUCUGCAGUCUUGCAGCUAUUGAAUGGCUUUGCUUGCGCAUGGAGUUGCUCUCGACAUUUGUAUUCGCCUUUUGCAUGAUUUUACUUGUGAGCUUCCCACAUGGAACUAUAGAUCCAAGUAUGGCAGGCCUUGCUGUGACAUAUGGCCUGAAUCUGAAUGCACGUUUAUCUCGAUGGAUACUCAGCUUUUGCAAGCUCGAAAACAAAAUCAUCUCCAUAGAAAGGAUUCAUCAAUACUGUGAAAUACCUAGUGAAGCACCAGCUAUUAUCGAGGAUUCGCGUCCCCCAUCCUCAUGGCCAGAAAAUGGUAGAAUUGAACUAAUUGAUUUAAAGGUUCGUUACAAGGAGUGUCUUCCUGUUGUUCUCCAUGGUAUCUCGUGCACAUUUCCUGGUGGGAAGAAAAUUGGAAUUGUCGGACGUACUGGAAGUGGCAAGUCUACUUUGAUCCAGGCCUUAUUUCGACUAAUUGAGCCAGCAGGUGGUAGAAUAAUUAUAGACAGCAUUGACAUUGCUAGGAUCGGUCUUCACGAUCUCCGCAGCCGGCUCAGUAUCAUACCCCAAGAUCCAACCCUUUUUGAAGGAACUAUUAGAGGCAACCUUGACCCACUCGAAGAGCAUUCUGAUCAAGAAAUUUGGCAGGCUCUUGAUAAGUCUCAGCUGGGAGAGAUAGUUCGCCAGAAAGAGCACAAACUUGAUACACCGGUUCUAGAAAAUGGAGAUAAUUGGAGUGUGGGCCAGCGGCAGCUAGUGUCUCUCGGCCGGGCUUUGCUCAAACAGGCAAGGAUUUUGGUGCUUGAUGAGGCCACAGCCUCAGUGGACUCAGCCACAGACAACCUCAUCCAGAAGAUAAUAAGAACAGAGUUCAAGAAUUGCACAGUCUGCACGAUUGCUCAUCGCAUUCCUACUGUUAUCGACAGUGACCUGGUUUUGGUCCUCAGUGAUGGUCGGGUUGCAGAGUUUGAUACCCCGUCUCGACUGCUGGAAGACAAGUCCUCCAUGUUCCUUAAGCUGGUCUCAGAAUACUCAUCAAGAUCAAAUGGGAUUCCUGAUUUUUAAUGUAAACGAUACGACAAAAAUCAAGAAUUCGCCAAGUUCUUUCCUGGAAAAUGAACGGGGCCCGAUGCAGCUGUGGCUAUCCCCAGCUCCUAGUGAUGCGUUCGGAGGAUCAGAAGAGCAGUUGCAGGUAAGUGGGGCAUAGACUAGAGACGGAACAUCCCAAGUGGAGUAUAGUUUGGUCUGAGAAGGGAUGGUUUUAACAUUAUUCUUGAUGGUCUUAGGUGUAACGGCGGUCGGCUCCAACCUGUACAUAAGAAUAAGGUUGUAGGAAGAGGGUUGGCAAUUUGCUGCAUAGCUAAUAAGAAAUGGAACCUUUUUUUGUAUUUAAGCAUGUUCAAUAAAACUAGGUUUUUGCAGUGAAUGUACUUUAUAGAGCCAUUUUUGAGACUAAAAUCCAAUAUUCAUUUGUUCA